GUGAUAAGAAAGGGAGAGCGGCUCGGCACCAUAGGCCUGGGUCUGCGUUCAGAGUCAGCCAAAGGCCGGGGGCGCUGGGGGCUCGUCCGGGCUUUGUCUCGGUGUCUUCCCCUUCCUUCCCCCGGGCGGGGCGGGCGCCUGCAGCUGCCGGGAGCGGCGCCAGCGGAGCAAACUGGUCCCGGGUGCUUUCGAGAGGAGUCGGAGCAAAGGCCGCGGCAGCUCGGCGGGGGCGGCGACAGCAGUGGCUAUAAAGAGCGCUCGUUUGCCCCUCUCGGGAUGCCGGGCUCGCCGCGUCCUCAGCCGCUGGUCGCGGGGAGCAGAAGUAGACCAAAAAGAAAGUCUGAUGGCUUCUGCACAAACUGAUCCUCAGGAAGAUGGGAGUGUGAAUGGGAGUGAGAGUGACAGUAGUGCUGAUGAAGAGAGCGAGACCACGGACAGUAGUCUGGAGCAUUAUUCUUCCCCAUUUGAUGGAGAAGAAGAUGGAGAAAAUGAAGUUGAAGAAGAUAAAAGCCAUCAUGACUUUUCAGGUAUAUUGAGAGCUGAAGAAGAGUUGCAACAUGUUUCAAAAGCUGAUAGAGAAGAUUCCAAAGAACUCAGGGACACACAACAAAGAGAAUGUCUUGGAUUUCUGAAGAAACUGUCUUUAUUCGUUUGGAAAUCCCUGUCACAAGCUAAGUAUGUCAGUUUACUAAAUGACUUUGUGGAGUCUGAAUUUUUUGUGAUCGAUGGGGAUUCCCUGCUUCUCAAGUAUUUAUGCAAGAAAAGACAAUAUCUGCCCUUCUUUUACUUAGUUGAAUGCUUUCUGCUGGAUUUCACCCAAAAAGGAGCAAAAUAUGUAAUUGUUUUCUUCAAGGAUGUGGAACAGAUGUAUUUCAGUUACCCUAUUUUCCUUUUCCAUCGUACUGCAUUAAUACAACACCUGAAGUGCAACACUGACAUUGUCAUUCAUACAGAGUUUUCCAAUUGUUUCUCACCAGAAUGGCAGAUUUUCCUCAAGGAAAGUUAUCCAUAUUUUGUGAUAAUCUCUGAUUUAGGACUCACCUCUCUACAAGAAGACUAUUUACAUAUAUUCAUCGCUCAUACCUUGUCAAAGAAAAUCAAUGUUGUGCUCACUUCAGGACAGGAGUCUGAUACUCUUAGAGUUUAUGGAUAUUAUGUCCAGAAUGCAUACGAACACAGGUCAUUUUUUCAGCAGCAUGAAAAGGAUCUGCAACAUAUUUGUGAAACCACGGUCAAACACUUACAAAAACCCCAGGAUACAGCUUAUCUGUAUAAUUUAAAGAUGAGUUUGAGAAACAUACAAGAAGAGGUAUGUCGGACUAUUUUGCUGUUGAAGCAUCUGUGGCCAGAAGGAUCCGACAUUAGACGUAUAGUUUGUGUUCUUACAUGUACGGUGGGAUUAAAAAUAUACAGUAACAUGUUAGAAAAUGCAAAAGUCUCUGAGGAAACAAAGGAACAAUUAACAAAAAAUUUCAGUCAGAAGGAGGAAAGUGAAGCAUUAACACUGGAAGAAGCCACAGAUCUGUGUAGAAUGCAGUGCCUCAGUGUGGUUUUUCUUCUCCACUUGCCUCUUUCACAACGAGCUCGGAUUAGGAUCAUUAAUUCCUGCUGGACUAAGCAAGUUUUACCAUUUAUAAUCAUGCAACAACAUUGUGACUAUUUUGUUCUGAAGCAACUAAAUGAUGAAAGUGACUGGCAAUUGGAUUUAACUCACCUGCCUGAUUUAAGGGACAAUUCACUGUUAAAGAAUCUUUCACAUUACUAUGAAAUAGAAUACUGCUCAGGGUUAAAUUUGGAAUUGGGCAAAAAAAUGAAGAGUGAAUACCAGUAUCUGUGGAAUACUGUAACAAAAUUAGCUGCCAGCUGUGAUUUUGGCGAUGCUUUCCCAGUGAGAACCACCUCACAACUGUUUCUUGAACAGAAACAAAUGUUAUUUAAAGCAAAGUCCAAAUGUCCAAAAGAAAGAAGGGGCAUACAAAAGUUACAGUCUUAUUAUCGACUUUAUGGAAGAUCGUUGGAAGGCAACAUUUCAAAGACAAUUGUAACCCAGGUGGAUGUGCCCUUGGUUCCCACAAGCACUAAGGCUGCUGUCACAAAGACAAAAAAAUUACAUAAAAGUAAAGCAGAAAUAAUUGCAGAGGAAAACCAGAAGCGACUAGGAGCUAAAGAAGAGAAGAAAGAACAGGAACAAUGGAGUGCCUUAUCUGUGUCAACUGAAAGUGAAAUUAAAGAGAAUUUUACCUGUGGAAUAAAUAGACUGGAGAAUUUCCUUAAGACAUGUCAAAGUAAUUCUGUGAAAUUCACAGCAGAAAUGGCAGGACUGAAUGUCUGUUUAGAAGUUUGGAAGGAACACUGCAGAAGCCAAGGCAAAAAAACGAGAGAUUUAAGCAUAGCUGUCCAAGUGAUGAGGAGAAUUCAUAUAAUUCUUGAAAAACACCAGGAACUAUUAAAGAAGUCACAUGUACAAAAGUUGUCCAGAUGUCUGAAAUACCUUGGAUUUGAGAAUUUGGCAUGCUCUUUGUCUAGCCAGAUAAUAGAAAGUGACAAUGAGAAGAUAACUGAAUAUACUACUGAGAUGGGAGCAGCUCGUUUUCAGCUGCAAUAUAUGGGCUGCUACUUGUUCAGAGAAGAGAGGAAAGAUCCAGAUCCCAGAGUACAGCAUUUUAUACCAGACACAUGGCAGCGAGAGCUUCUUGAUGUUGUAGACAAUAAUGAGUCUGCAGUGAUUGUUGCUCCUACUUCAUCAGGGAAAACCUAUGCUUCAUAUUAUUGCAUGGAGAAAGUUCUGAAAGAGAGCAAUGAAGGAGUAGUUGUAUAUGUUUCACCAACAAAGGCUCUUGUAAACCAAGUGAUGGGAACUAUAUACAAUCGGUUCACCAAGACAUUGCCUCAUGGAUUAGUAGUAGGUGGAACUUUCACAAGGGAUUAUCGCCAUGAUACUCUGAACUGUCAGAUACUUGUGACGGUGCCUCAGUGUUUAGAAAUCUUGUUGCUAUCUCCUCAUCGCCAGGAUUGGGUCAAAAGAAUAAGAUAUGUUAUAUUUGAUGAGGUCCAUUGUCUUGGUGGGGAAAUUGGAGCAGAAGUUUGGGAGCACCUCCUGGUUAUGAUUCGAUGUCCAUUUCUGGCUCUCUCUGCAACUAUCAGUAACCCUGAACAUCUUACUGAAUGGCUACAAUCAGUAAAAAGAUACUGGCAACUUGCUGAAAGUACAAUAGAGGAAAGCCCUGGUUCUUCUACAACUGCCAGGAAAUGUACAAGGAAGCAAAAACUACAAAAAACAAAAAAAUCAUAUAGAGUUAGACUAGUACUGCAUGGAGACAGAUACAAUGAUCUGGAAAAGUAUGUGUGUUCUCUCAAGGAUAAUGAUUUCGUCAUUGAUCACUAUCACCCAUGUGCUGCAUUAACAGUCAGUCAUAUUGAGAACUAUGGUAUUCCUUCAGACACUACCUUCUCUCCACGAGAGAGUAUCCAGCUAUAUGACAUGAUGGCAAAAGUCUGGGAAGAGUGGCCACGAUUACAGGAGUUAGAUCCUGAGGAAUUUACCUCUUUCAAGAAUAAAAUAGUAAUCACAAAGGCAGAUGCAAAAAAUUAUGAACAGGAGCUGAAGAAAGAACUAAUCAACUGGAUUAUACUUGGCCAAAGAGAGAAGGUGCAUCAGCUACUGGAGUCCCUUAAGCCUCAUCCUGUUGAUUGUUCAGAAAAUGAAAAGCGGAUCAGAUUUGCACAUUUUGUUGAAAAACUACAAGACAUGGAUAAAUUGCCUGCCAUAUUUUUUAUGUUUAACAUUCAUUCAGUAGAAAAAACAGCCAUGGAUGCAUUUUAUAAUUUGAUGAAAAAACAAAGGAGUGAACAAGAUCCAAAUACUGAGAAAAAAAUAAAAAGGUUAACAGAUAAAUUAAGAAAAACGAAUAAAACUCUUGGGAGACAUCUGGCUGCUACCCUAAAAAAGCAGUCUUCCACUAACCUUGAGAGAAUGAUCCUUAAUUUGAAUGAAAAACAACAUUUAAGGAAAAGACUUGAAAAGCUUACUAAGGUCCCUCCAGACAGUACUUAUGCUAAUUCUAAAGCUGUGGAUAAAGAAACUUUGAUGGAGAUCGUUCAUCGAAUUAGGUUUCAAAGGAAGCGUUUCCAGCUGAGAAUGUUGGCACAGAAGGGUAUUGGAUAUCAUCAUGCUUCAAUGGCAUACAAAGAAAGACAAGUCGUGGAGAUGCUUUUCAGGAUGGGAUAUAUCCGGGUUGAAUUUUCUUAUUUUGCAUAUUUAUUGUACUUUCUGUCUGAAAUAGGCUCGACUGUUUUUUCUGAAGAUGUGAUGGAACAAUUAGUGCUAGUGCUAGCAAAUUUAUUUGGAAGGAGAUAUCUACCAGCCUGUGCUACAAAAUUUAGAAGAACAUCUUGCCAGUCAAAGGUGUUUCUAGAAGAUCUUCCAGAAGAGUUUGCUGCUGCUGUUCAUGAAUACAACUGCAAAAUAGAGAAGAAUUUUGGUUGUUUUCUUCUAACAGUUGCCAAGCUGGCUGACAUGAAACAAGAAUACCAACUUCCUUUAUCAAAGAUAGAUUUUACACAUAAAGAAUGUGAUAACUCUGAACUGACAUCUCAUUUGAUGAAUAGCACCAAAAGCAUAGCUUCUGUGUCACCUUUCACAUGCCUGUCUGGAACCGUUGACCAGGAUUUAUUUGAUGCUGAGAAUGUUAAUGAAGCUGUCUUGCGUACAAUUGGUGUUAAUGUCAGAAAUGCUCCUCUGUGUUGGUUGGAGAAAUAUGAUAAUCAAGGAAGAAGAAUGCCACUGAAUGCUUAUGCCCUUGACUUCUUUAAACAUGGCUCCUUGAUUGCAGUGACAAGAGAUAACUGGUUAAAUGAAGGAGAUGCUUACAAUCUACUCAAAGAUUUUUCACUUCUUAUUAAAGCAAUCAGAACAUCCUUAGGUGAACUUUGUGAUGAUCCAAAUGACAAUGUUGUACUUGCAUUUCAACAACUGAGUGAAAGCUACUGUGAAAAACUGUAGUCUGAGCAUCACAUACUCUGUAAAGCAUGAAGAAAUGACAGUAACAUAAUCUUCUGGAUGGAAGACCUGGACAAAAAAUAGUUUUAGCAGCUAAUUUAAGCUAAGUGAGUAGAGGAUGAUCACUCUUCAUUCUCAAACACACUUGGAAUAAAAUUACAAUAGAUGUAUUGGGUUUUAGUCAGUAAGGCAUAGGUUCAUUUUCUUUUAAUUAUAAAUAUAAAUGAUUUUUAAAACUUGUACUAUACUUGUGAGGAUUAAUUUAAAACAGAUGUCUUAAGAUUGAACCAUUAGUGGUUCUGUAACAAAGGAUGACACUAGACAAUUGUAUCAUUUUUCAAAUUAAAAUUUGUUUUAACCAGCGUUUUUUGAAGUGUCUAUAUACACUUGGAAGUUUCUAGGGACAGCUACUUGUAGCUCACUCUGUCAUUAACCGAUGUCUACAGGGGACAUGCAAGUCAC